AUGUCCGAUCGGGUGGUGUUCCGUGCCGUGAUGCUCUGGUUAACAGUCAGUCGACUGUUUCGUCCCGCGGAAGCGUUCAUCAGCUUCAGCAACAUCACUAGCCUGUUCUACGAUGCCCGGGAAAUUAACUACGGAAAUCCGGAGCUAAGGCAUUCCUACGACUACAUCAUCGUCGGUGCUGGUCCGGCCGGUUGCGUGCUGGCUAAUCGUCUCUCGGAAGAUCCAACCGCCACGGUGCUCCUGUUGGAGAUUGGCCGUGGGGAGAUCCCACUAAUCAGUGACUCACCCCUCGUCGGUCCGAUCCUUGCCUCGACGGACUACAACUUUGGCUACGAGACGGAGAAGCAACGGUACGGUUGUCUCGGUCUUCGUGGUGGCCGCUGCAAUUGGGCUCACGGUCGGAGCGUUGGAGGAUCUACUAUACUCAACAACGUAAUUUUCACGCGUGGUAAUCGACGCGAUUACGACAGCUGGGCUAGUGCGGGCAAUGAGGGCUGGAGUUGGGACGAUGUGUUGCCACUGUUUAAGCGCAUCGAGCGUGCCAACAUUCGCGAUUUCGGUGACAAUGGUGCACAUGGUUUCUCCGGUCGACUCUCGAUCGAGGAUUGUCCAUUCAGAACGGAUUUGGCGCGAGCGUUCGUAAAGAGCGCUCAAUCGGCUGGCUAUCGGUAUCUGGAUUACAAUUCGGGCGAUAACCUGGGCGUAUCGUUCCUGCAGGCACACACGGCCAAUGGUCGGCGUGCUACGGGCGGUAACAGCUACCUGCGGGACAUUGUAGAUCGACCCAAUCUGCACAUCGUUACCAGGGCUUGGGUCACGAAGGUGCUCAUCGAUCCCGAAACUAAAACGGCCACCGGUGUACGGUUUCUACACGAUCGGCAAUACCACGAAGUUGAUGCCUCCCUAGAGGUCAUCCUGUCGGCCGGUGCCUUUGAAAGCCCCAAACUACUCAUGCUAUCGGGUGUGGGGCCGGCCAAACAUCUCAAACAGCACGGAAUCCGGCUUGUGACUGAUCUUCCGGUGGGUCGGAAGAUUUACGAGCAUGGUGGUACAUACGGUCCGGUCUUUAUCGUCAACGAGCCAACAGAUAAUCUCGUUAGUUUCGAGCAGCUUACCAACUUUGGCGAGUUUCUGCGCUUCCGGAAUGGAAGCGGACCACUAACCUCCAACUCGGUGGAAAGUCUGCUCUACGUCCAUUCGCCGUUUGCCGAGAAUCCCGAUCCAGAGUACCCGGACGUGGAGGUAAUGCAGGCAUUCACCUCGUUCAGCUUCGACACGACGCCCGGUACCAGGAAUGCCUACUAUAUACCGGAUAAGCUGUACGAUGAGUACUUCCGACCGCUGGCACGCACAAGGAACUUUAUGUUCUUGCCCAUGCUGCUGAAACCGCGGGCAGUCGGUCAGGUGGAGCUCGCAUCAACGAAUCCCUUCAACCAUCCGCUCUUCCGGUAUCAGUACUUUGAGGAUGAGCGUGACGUUGAUGCGCUGGUGUAUGCCAUCAAGGAGGUGAUACGUAUCAGCACCGAGGCUCCGUUAAGGCGGCUGGGAGUGCAGCUGUACAAGCGCAAAGUGCCUGGCUGUCAGUAUAUGGCGUUCAACACGAUCGACUACUGGCGCUGUCAUGUGCGCACACUCACGUCUACAUUCCAGCAUCAGGUGGCUACGUGCAAGAUGGGCCCUCCGACGGACCCGGAAGCUGUCGUCGAUAGCCGCCUGCGGGUGUACGGCAUCAAGGGACUGCGAGUGGCAGACGUUGGCAUCAUUCCCGAGGCGCCAACGGGCCACACUGCGGCUCACAGCUUUCUUAUCGGCGAGAAGGCUGCCGAUAUGAUCAAAGCAGACCGUCGAAAACGUGUUUGA